CGGAAAUACUAUUCGUAUAAUACCAAUGCUAGAUCAAUUUGGAGAGUCCAGUCGUUGGGAGACAGCUGAUGCGACGCGUUCAACAUGAUCCGAUUAGCUUUUUCCGUUUUUGUGUUCAGUAUAGUGACAAAUGGAUGCCUAGGGCAAAAUUUAUUGGCCGCAUACAACUCGUGCCGAUCGGAGUUCAACGUAGAUAUGGAAACGUUCAAUGCCAUAAAAAAUGGAGAUUUUUCCAUUCGGACGCCGUUCAUCGAGUGCUUCGGUGACUGUUUGGUGAAGAAAGCAGGAUUCAUGAACGAUGAUUUGAGUUUCAACGAAGAUGUCAUCGUCAAGUUCAUGAGCCGUUUUAUUAAACCGGAGGAUUCUAAGAUGGCGUACGACACCUGUACGGCGGAUGUAACCCCAAUAUUGUGUACCAUGGCGUACGAAGUGUACCAAUGCAUUUAUGAAAAAGCAUAUGAGAAAUGGGGCACAAGACGAAAACAAAAUUAAAUACAAAAUUUGUGAGUGUAUGUUUUGAAUAAAUGAAAAUAGUGAUGUU